AUGCGGCCUACAUUGCUCCGGCAAGCUCUGGCAGCACCAAGCCGACGCACCUUCACCUCCGCCACCUCCACCCUCCCUGCCUUCCGAUCACAGCUGCAGCGUCAUUCUGUCCAGCGCCUCCAACGAGCAGCAUUCCAGACGACCGCCCAGCGAGCCAUCCUCCCACCUCUUCCCCAGCGAAUCGAAGGCUCGGUCAAUGAUCCAGUCAAAGUUCACGAGCCCGAGCCUGCCCAUGGCAGCUAUCACUGGUCUGCGGAGAGGGCCCUCUCCGCCGCCCUCAUCCCCCUCACAAUCGCCCCCUUCGCCGCCGGCUCUCUGAACCCAUUGAUGGACGGCCUGCUCAUCGGCGCGAUCCUGAUCCAUUCACACAUGGGCUUCCAAUCCGUCAUCGUAGACUACCUUCCGAAGCAGCGAGUGACCAAGACGCGAAAGCUGUUCGACUACGGCUCCGUGCUGGCGAUUUUCGUCGUGGGCUGGGGCUGGUACGAGUUCGAGACAAAUGAUGUCGGCUUGACCGAGGGUAUCAAGCGCAUUUGGACCGCGAAGCCCAAGUCGCUGGUCUGA